AUGUCCCACCCCCUCCCAGUCAAGCCCGAGGACAAGCCAGAGGACAUGCCUCCUCCUCCUCUCCCGCUCUCAAACUCGGACCUCCUGCACGCGUACGGCCCCAAGCCCGCCGACGAGAGCAACCCCUCCGUGGACAAGUUUGCCCAGGGUGGCCCACUCGAUGAGCAACCCGAGUCCGUGCAAGUGUCCGCGUACGUCUCGGCAUCAACAUGGGCCGCCCUCAACUUGCCCCAAGACGGCGGCGAGCUCGACGACCAGAGCAGGACGCAAUGGUCAUGGCGCGCGUCAAAGCUGCCCCUUUGGGGUGCUGGCUACGACUUCAAGGCCAGGCGCAAGGAGCUGGAGAAGAUGUCGGUCGAGGAGAGGGAGGCCGCCAGCGCAGAUGCGCAGAAGAUCAACUAUGAUGAGUUCAAGGGCUUGCAACUCCCAAGCGGUUCGACGACGCGCCCCCACCGCGUCCCAAUCCCCAAGCAAGACGAUGUACGAUGA